AUGGCUCGAAACUCGGAAAAAGCCCAGUCCAUGCUCUUUCGCUUCCGCGAAGCCCAAGCAGCAGACCUAGGCAUCAUCGACGCUGGCCGCGCACGCCGUCCCAAAGCCAUCACUGAAGUCGACUCCGUCCCUCUUUGCGAAAAAUGGCGCGGCCAAGUACUCAAGGAAAUCUCUCGCAAGGUCUCGCGUGUCCACGAUCCGGUCCUGAGCGACUACCAAAUCCGCGACCUCAACGACGAAAUCAACAAGCUGAUGCGUGAGAAACACAUGUGGGAAGUGCAAAUACGAAACUUGGGAGGACCGAAUUACAUGCGCACGGCAGGGAGGAUAUACGACGAAGAAGGGAGGGAGAUACCGGGCGGUGGGAAAGGAUAUAAAUACUUUGGCCGAGCAAAAGAUCUACCGGGUGUGAAGGAGUUAUUUGAUGCUGCCAAGACCAAGGCAUCGCAGAAAGAGGACAAACCCUUGGGCGACAGUAGAGACAUACGGAAGAAUGUGGAUGCAGCGUAUUACGGAUAUGCGCCAGGGGAAGAGGAUGAGGCUUUGUUGGCAUAUGAGGCGGAGAAGGAGAGGCAGGCGAUGGAGAACUUGUUGAAGAAUGGGUCGCAGGAACCACCGGAAGGAUGGGAAGCUUUGCCAGGCGAUACGGCAGAUGGGGAGGUUUGGGUGCUGCCGACGAUGGAGGAGGUUCAGGAAGAACUGAUCGAGAGGAGACGGCAGAAGCUGCUGGAACAGUUGUAA